AUGCUCUUGAAAUGGUUCAUUUACGCUUUCUACUGGCGAUUUGCGCUGGCAAAUCAAUUAACCUUUCCCAGCAUAUCACCAGGUCCACGCGUCCGACUAUGGCAAGUAGUUAGCAGCUUGGUCGACGAAUCGACAAUACUGCAAGAUCUGUACGCUGUGAUCACAGGAAUCGAUGAUGAGAACCAAAAUGAUGAUACACUACUAGAGCGGGUUGUUAGGAUUUUGAGCUAUGAAUAUCGUGAAGCAUCAGAUAUGGUUCCGAUCUUGUAUCAAACGAUGCCAGGCUCAAGCUCCGAUUCAAGCCGAGACAACUACUUCGUUUUGAAUGAAGAAAAACAUAAAAGCGCAGAAAGUGUCUUUUAUUUGAAGACUAAGGAUCUUGACUAUCAGUAUCGUGUUCCACAAUCGCAAAUCUUGGAAACUGGAGAGAAAUUAGUGGGUGUGAACGCGGACAGUCCAAUUCUAUUGUUUUACGGUUGUGAUCGAAGCGAGGAAUUCGAAGAUUUUAACAGAAAUUUGUUCUCUGAGGCGCAGGGCGGCAAAAUUAGAUUUGUUUGGCGCAGCACCUGUCCUAAUGACCAAGACUUCGAGUUUCAGCCAUUGGCAACUACUUUGACGGUCAAAGAGAAGACUUGGGGCGAAAAUGUCAUCGACGAUUCCUUCAUAGACGUUCCUUCUUCGCUCAGGCCAAAUACUGGCGCAUUAGCUCUUUUUCGACCCUCAAGUGACAUGCUUUCCUCCAUGGGUUUGAAAGUAGCUUCCUUAAUAUCCGAUUGCUACAGCGAAACACAGGAUUUCCAAAAGUGCUUUCACCUCCUGAGACAGGUGGUCAACAAUUUUCCAGUUAUUGGAGAGAAAUUAGCAGAAUUGCCGGAUCCUAGUCCUGCGUGGAACACAUUCAUCGAUGUCAUGAGAAGCAAAGGUAUUGAUCAUAACUUCCUCGGCCUUUACAUAAAUGGCUUAAAUUUGAGACUUACAGACCUUGAUUUCUACUCAUUUGCUAAGGCGAUACUCUCUGAGUUUCGAAAUAUACAACUUGUCCGACAAUUGUUGGCGAAACGUACUAGCAGCAAAGACAUUCCGGUCCCUUUGGCGAAACGAUUAAUUGAAGAGUUUUCGUCUUUAUCGCUGGACACAAUGCAAUGGAAUCAGCCAAUCAGAUAUGAUUUGCAUCGCAUCCCGGGGUUUUCUGAAAGUAUAUUCUACGUUAACGACAUUGAAAAUGAUGAUGUUUAUGCUGACCUAAGUUCAGAGCUUCCAGUCUUCCUGAAAGACUCAAAAUAUGGGGAGUUGCCUCAAUAUCGUGAAAACUGGAAUGAACUCAUUUUCGUGCUCGAUUUAUCAAGGUUACACGAGCCAGGGACCUUAGAAGCCUUGAAUGGCUUCAUAAGAGCCAUAGAUGUGACUAAAGGGGGUUAUCCACAAAGGUUAGGCUUCUUGCCUCUUGCAACGAAUAAUGCCUCCGCUCAGCUUCUUCGAGAAGUGUACUUCAUAAAGGAGAACCACCCCGAUGAUCUUGUUGAGUAUUUGAAGGAUAUGAAUUUUUCGAAAUAUGAACCAAUCGGAAGUUUGGAUGAUAUAUCAGUUCCACCCGUCACGCAGAUUCUGCAGCACAAUUUGAAAGUUAACUCGACUUCUUUGAUUGUCAAUGGUCAAAUCUUUCCAUUCAAACAUAACACAUGGAACUAUUUCAUAGCUCAAGUUAUUAAGAAAGAUGUCGAGUUUCUGAAAGGCGAACUGCCAAAAUAUACAAAAACUGGGAAUUUCAAGGUACGAGACUUAUUACACUACAAAUCUUUUACGCUGAGAGAUCCUAAAUAUCUCCCAGACUUCAUUCAGGAUUCCACCUUCUUCACGCUCGAUUUAGGUCAGCUUGAUAAGCUACCAGGACGAGUGAUUGAGUUCAAAGGAGACGAAGUACUGAACAAAAUUCAUACGGUAACUCUUGUUGAUGACUUCGGAACUAAAUCUGCUAUUUCUCGCCUUAUUAAUUUGUUGAGCAUAAAACUGUUCGGCGUGAGAUUUAGGCUCAUACACAAAGGUCAGCUGAAUAAUCAUUGGAAGCAGAUUGCGAAACAUGCUGUUGAAGGUAACAGUGGACCCAUUUUGAAGCUAUCGGAGCAAAUUCGCGAUGAUAUCAAGUCUGGAGAGCUCGACAAAAAUGUUCUUAAAAGCUUUCUACCCGGAGCUACAGAUUUACAAGUAACGUCAUCCUUUCUUUUGAUAAAUGGCAGAUACAUCAGUCUUGGCAAGGAUGAAAUACCUGAAGCCAUUACCUUGGAAUCCAUUUUACAAAGAGAAGCUCUCAGGACAAAGGAUUGCGUCUUAGCUUUAGAAAAGAUUAUGCCGGAGUCUGUCGACGACGAAGUCGACCCUGAUUUUAUCGAGAUGUUGUCUGCUGCUUUGAGUAAAAUCUUUUAUUGCGGCAACAAUUAUUUUGAUAAUGGUAUCGACUACACGGCACAGUCGAAAAUUUCGAGACUCAAUUUUAAUCGCCUUGUUGACUAUCCCUCGCUCGGUGGCUUCCGGAGAGACGCUAUCGAGCAACCAGUCGACGUAACUCUGAUUCUUGAUCCUCUGGAAGAGAGAACACAAAAGCUUCUUGAGUUAACUUCUGCUGUUGUUGAUAUUCCGUGGAUCAACGUCCAAAUCAUUCUUCUGCCAGCUAAAGACAUAAAAUUGAUGCCUAUUCACAGAAUAUGGGUUAGCGGCUAUUCAAAACUCUCGUUUGAAGUUCAUAAGCAAUUUGAUACCGAUCUAGAAGUUCCCUCUCAUUUACAUGUAACGGAGAGCAACAAUAAUGUCAUUGUGGACUAUAUGGUUAUCGAAGUUAACGCCUUUGAAAGUGAUCAAAUUCCAUCAACAGGUGUUGUCGAAGGCGUUCCAGGGCUCUGCUUACAGUUGAUCGAUUCCAGAGGUGAUGUUAUUUCCUCGACAACAACAAUGAAUACGUUUGGUUUCGGACAGCUGAAAGCUUUCACUCUCGGUCAGAAUUACACCAUAAAGAGUUGUGAUUCGCGGUACUCUGUCGAGGGCUUUUCACCCAAUGGACGUUCUGACUUUUUAGCAGCCCCGUCUUUGGACCUUACCGAUCUCACUCCUCAGCGUAUUUACGUGAAAGUCGCUAAGCUAAAUGACUCAGCUCCUCAGGAUUUACUUAAUGAAGAGGUUUUGAACAUUUUUACCAUUCUUAACGGACUCGGAGACCAGGCGGAAUACAAGAAAAUGGUCCUCAAUGUGGCUUCUCAUUCACGUAGUCCCAUUAGAUUUUGGUAUACCACCACGCCAAGUGAGUCAGAGAAGUUGGCAGACUUUUUAGAGUUCGUUUCUCAAAAUUCAAAGGGAGAAAUUUCGUUUGAGAGAGUAGAUUAUGUUUGGCCCCGAUGGUUACGUCCUCAACGGUUUCUAAAACGCGAGCUGGCUGCAGUCAAGGUCUUGUUGCUUGAUGUUCUCUUUCCGCUAGACGUCCACCAGAUUGUCUAUCUCAGUCCCAACGCUGACAUAGGUGAUCUGAACUUCACACAAAAACCAACUACCCGGGUCUUUACGAUACCUAGGGCUUCAGAUGCCGACCAAAAUUCAUACUGGAAAGCUGGAUAUUGGAAAGAGUUUCUCGAAAAGAAUAAUUUACAGUUCCAUAAAAUGGACACGGUCUUUAUCGUGAACAUGAACCUAUACAGGGAGAAAUUCGCAGGUGAUAAGCUUCGUAUACAUUACCAGCGUCUGUCCGCAGACUUUAAUUCCCUGGGCAACGUUGACCAGGAUCUCGUUAACUACGUCCAAGUUGAAAUACCGAUCAAGACGUUAAGCAAGAGGGAAUUCAAGCAAGAGGCGAUUCCUCAAGAAGUGAUUCUCAAGCUUAAUGCAUUGGAGUCAAAAUUGAAGAAUUUAAAAGUUGAAGCCGAAAAGCUCAAUGCAGGAGAUCAAGUCGAGGAUUCUUUUGAGAAAUUUGAUGAUACUUUAGAUCAUGAUGAGCUUUGA